AUGUUAUUUUCAGUUUUAAAGAGAAAAGUGUCGCCGUCAUCCUGUCAUCAGGAGUUUAACAGUGACGGAUCAAAACACGGGACAUUAACUUCUCCUCAUUAUCCUUUAGCAUAUCCUCCUAAUACUCAUUGCCAUUACGAGUUUUUUGGAAGAGGAAAAGAGAGAAUAAGAUUAAUAUUUCAAGAUUUCUUUUUAUUCAAAUCUUCGGAUGGGUCUGCAGAUUGCCGGAACUUGGAUUCGCUUCAAGCGUUCGUUAACGUUGAUGGGCGGCUAGAAAAUGUUGCCACAUUUUGUGGUGUAGAUCUGCCCAAACCAAUAAUGUCGAAUGGCCCAAAGUUGAUGUUAGAAUUUCGAGGUACCCAGUCUUCGAGACAUUCAAGAGGAUUUAAAAUUUCAUAUUCAUUCAUAGAGAAUUUCGGUAUUACAACUGGUAGACAGUUGAAAGAGUUCCCUUGUGCUUUCGUGUACAACAGUAGCGAGUCUCACAACGGUACAUUCGCUUCUCCAAACUCUCCUGGUCUAUAUCCGAGGGACACAGAAUGUUCUUACUUCUUCCACGGAGGGCAGAGUGAGAAAGUUCACUUGCAUUUCACCCAUUUCGAUGUAGAGGGAGUUCUGCCUUGUGAGGCUGUGUCGGCAAGCGACUAUGUAGAAUUUUCAAACUACAUGACAGAAGAUAAUAAGUAUGGCAGGUAUUGCGGUCAAAUGAAAGAAUUCCACGUGGAAUCCGAGAGGAACUUCUUUAAAGUCACGUUCAGGUCAAACGAUAGAUUGGACGGAACUGGUUUCAAAGCGAUGUACCAAUUUUUGGAAGCAUCAGAGGAAUAUCAAGCUCCGAUAUCUGAUAAGGCUUCUGAAUCAUUGCAUUUUUCUGGUGUCAUGGGGUUUAUAAUUGCCGCAGCGCAUCUGAAUCAUCAACUAUAUCAUUCAUAA